AUGUUGAAGCAACUUGCACUUGGCCUAUUGGCCGCUCAAACCGCUGCUAGCCUGCGGUUUGUCAUGUACAUUGAUGAAUAUCAUACGAGCGAUCUUCCCGGCGUGGAUCAAACAGCAGACAUCGAUCAUGCUAUUAUGGCUUUUGCUGCUACAGACCUAUUCAACUCGGACUCUGCUCCCUCGUUCACGCCUUUCGAGCCUGUCGAGACCAUGCGCAAGCGCUUCAGCCCCGAUACUAAGGUCAUGAUCGCCAUCGGUGGAUGGGGUGACACCGCGGGUUUCUCGAAGGGAGCCAAGGACGAUGCCAGUCGUGAGCGCUUUGCGAAGAACGUGGCCUCGAUGCUGGAUGCCAACGGCUUCGACGGCGUCGAUAUCGAUUGGGAAUACCCCGGCGGCAACGGCCAGGACUAUAAGCAAGUCCCCAACUCUGACAAGGUCUCCGAAAUCGAGACCUAUCCAAAGUUCCUCGCUGCCAUUCGCAAGGAAAUCGGCAACAAGACUCUCUCUAUCGCCGUGCCUGGCCGCAAGCCGGACAUGAUCGCCUGGAACAGUGACACGGGUCCCGAGAUCUUCAAGUCAGUCGACAUGGUCAACGUCAUGAGCUACGAUCUGAUGAACCGUCGUGACAAUGUUACCGCCCACCAUACCAGUGUGCAGGGAUCUUUGGACGUGAUCCAGGAUUACCUUGACUUUGGUGCUGAUCCUGAGAUGCUCAACCUCGGUUUCGCCUACUAUGCCAAGUGGUUCACCACUGACCCCAACUCCGACUGCGAUCAGAACCCCAUCGGUUGCAAGGUUGUCAAGCUUGAGAACGACGACGGCUCAGACAAUGGCAAAUCAGGUGCUUUGACGUUCGAGAAGGGCGUGAUGGGUGCUCCCCCCGACGAAGGCACGAAAUGUCCUGAUGGCACGUGCUGCUCCGCCUACGGAAACUGCGGUUCCGGCGACGACUUCUGCCAAGCUGGCUGUCUUUCCGACUACGGUACCUGCAAGGGCAUCUCCAUCACCGAUUCCUGGCGCCGGGCCAAGCAAGACGGCAAGACUGACGAGAAAGAAGGCGGUCAAUACUACUGGGACAAGGAGACCAACCUGUUCUGGACCUGGGAUACUCCCGACCUGAUCACCCAAAAGUUCACCGACAUUGUGCAGGCCAAGAAAAUCGGCGGUGUUAUGGCCUGGAGUCUGGGCGAGGAUACGUAUAACUUUGAGCACCUUCAGGCUAUGCAGAAUGGUGUGAAGAACACGCCUAUGGCGGAGGAUACUAAUGGUGUCAGACAGGCCGUUGUGGCGGGUGGAGCGGGGUAUGUUGAGACUGGCAAGAAGGUGACGGAUGGUGCUAAGGAGCAUCUGCAGGAGGCGGCGAAGAAAUUGGCACAGAAAGGGUUGACGCCUGAGAAGAAGGAGGAGCUGGCCAAAAAGUUGGCUUCAAAGAUUGCCAAGGUUGCGGCUUAA